AUGGACUAUAUAAGCCCCCCUCCUCUCAUCAUCUGGAAGAACUCAAGCCAUUUCUUAAAUCUCAUAGUCAAGACUCAACAAAGUCAACCCUCUGAGAACAGACAACGAAAUGGCAGCCCUUCAACCUACACUGUUGGGUGGAUCUGCGCCUUGACAACAGAGCUAGUUGCGGCAAAAAGCUUUUUUGAUGAAGAGUACGAAGUGACUCUAGACGCACAAGCUCCCGGAGACAACAACAGCUAUUCCUUCGGGAGAAUGGGGAAGCAUGAUGUUAUCGUGGCAUCCUUACCCAGAGCCGAAUACGGCAUAGCCCCAGCUGCGUCUGUAGCCAGAGACAUGUUACGAACCUUUCCCAAUAUUCGUGUUGGACUUAUGGUCGGUAUUGGUGGUGGCGCUCCGCGCCCUGAGCAUGAUAUCCGUCUUGGAGAUGUCGUAGUUAGCGUCCCUUCGGGAGCGAAAGGGGGAGUCCUUCAUCAUAACCGCGGCAAGACAAUUCAGCAACAAGAGUUCCACUUGACUGGGUCAUUGAACCAACCACCCCAAUUUCUGUUGACCGCUGUGGGGGCACUAGAAGCGGAUUAUGAAGGUCAAGGCCAUGAACUGAACGAAAGAAUCGAAGAGGCACUCAGCAAAAGACCUCGCCUCAGGAAACGGUAUGCUCGUCCCUUAGCAGCGACAGACAGGCUCUAUGAAUCCAGCCACAUUCAUAGCGAAUCUCCAAAAUCUACAGCAUGUAAAAACAACUGUGGCGAGGAAAACGUCAUCUCCAGAGAGGGCCGAGGCGAUGAUGAAGAUGACCCAAUGAUCCAUUAUGGUCUCAUUGCCAGCUCUGAUAAGCUCAUGAAGGACGCAACUGUCCGGGAUAAGUUAGCCAGGGAUGAGGGAGUAUUAUGCUUUGAGACGGAAGCAGCUGGCUUGAUGAACCACUUCCCCUGUCUGAUUAUCCGUGGGAUCUGCGACUAUGCCGACUCACACAAAAAUAAAGAAUGGCAGGGUUUUGCGGCAAUGACUGCUGCAGCAUAUGCGAAGGAGUUGCUUCAGAAGAUUGCGCCAACCAAGAUACAGAAGGAGAAGCCUCUUGCGAAAGUCAUCAGCGAAUUCGGAAUUAAAUUGGAAAAUAUUACUACAAGUGUGAAGGACACGAAUGCCACCGUAAACACUAUGCAUGCAGAUAAUCGGCGUCUGGAGAUAGAACGCUGGCUCAAGCCACCAAGGUCGUCAACCAAUGUAGCCAAGGCCAAGAAGCGCCGCCAUGAUGGCACUGGUCAGUGGUUCAUCCAGAGCCCGGCUUUCACGGAGUUUAAAGCAGGCUCACGAAAGCAUUUAUGGCUCCAUGGGUUGGCUGGCUGCGGGAAAACUGUCCUAAGCUCUCAAAUCCUAGACGAUCUCAGUGCUAUGGAUGGCAUCAUCACACUAGUACACUACUUCGACUUCAACGAUGCUGAGAAACAAACUCUCGAUGGACUUCUCCGGUCAUUGGCAUUCCAACUCUGCCAAUAUGGAGGGGAAAUUGCAUUAGCGAAGCUCUAUGGGCUAUUCACAUCACACGAAAAGGGUUUGAAAGCUCCAGACGAGUCAGAGUUGGAAGCAUACAUCCAAUCAAUUCUGAGAACUUUCGAUCGCACGUUCAUCUUGAUUGACGCUUUGGAUGAGUGUAGAUCAAGAGAUUCCCUUCUCUCUUGGAUCGGGCGGCUUGCAGUGGAAAAUGUGCAAUUGCUCCUGACCGCCAGGCCUGAAGACGACAUUCAAUCUCAGACUCUUCGUUUCUUUGGAAAAGAGAAUUGUAUAAACUUAGAUAAGACUGCUGUCAACGGUGACAUUAAGUUCUAUGUUCGUUCAGUCCUUGAUACAAACCCAAGAUUCAUUGAGAAAGCCUUGAGUGAAGAGUUGCGCAAGGAAAUCUGUGCCAAAGUUGGAGAGGGAGCAGACGGAAUGUUUCGAUGGGCAGCUUGUCAGAUAGAUACUCUCGAAGCUUGUCUAACUCCAAAUGCUGUCCGUGAAGCUCUCGUGUCCUUACCACGCGAUCUACCCAAAACAUACGAUCGUAUGAUGGAAAGCAUACCUCCUCAAUACAAAGAUGACUCAAUCCGCCUGUUGCAGUUUAUAGUGAAUUGUGAGCAACCUCUGAGCCCAGCCGAGGCUGUCGAGAUUUUAGCCACUCGCCCAGACCGGCAUCAAAACCGACUCAGGUUUGAUCCAGAGAAUAGACUUUUCAACUCUUCUCAUAUCGUAAGAUACUGCCCUGGUAUGAUACACAUCGUAACAGUCUCAGAUGGAGAUGUCGAUGAAAACGAUGACAAAUGCUGCUGGGCAGAAGUGCAUCUCACGCACUUUUCUGUGAAGGAGUAUCUGACAAAGCUUGAUGCUUUCUGUGAGCUGAGUUCUGCGAUAAUUAUUACGGAGACAUUGAUUAGUUAUUUGUGCGGUGUCAAAGAACCACUCUAUCGUGUUCGUGCCGACUUUCCCUUAGCCAUACGCGCGGAAAAUGUCUGGCGUGAAUUCGCUAGAAAAGCACAGACUGUCAAAAAAAUCGUAUCUCCCAACAGCCAUCAGAAGACUGGUAUUGUUCUUCUAGGGAACGGUAUCAAAGGCUGUAUCCAAGAAUAG